AAAAAAAAAAAACAAAACUAUUUCAUUUUUUUAUUGGGAAAGUAGGAAUAGGGAAUAACAAAGUUAAAUUUCAUUUUUUAAUUGGGAGAGUUGGACUAAUACGAAAAAAAAUUCGAUUCAAAAAUGAUUUCUCUCUCAUUUGUCCAAUCGUCCCUUGAAAUGUCAACCAAAUUCUGGUAAGUCUUUUAUAUUAAUCCGUACUCUUGAACCGUUUCAUAUAUAAAUAGAUUACACAUCUCUAACUCUCAAGGAGAGAGCCCUCAGCCAAGACAAUAAACUAUAGAAGCACUUCAAAUUUUUUACUAUGGCAGAAGAAUUCCAUGCUGGGAUUUGUGAAGGGGCAUGGUGGAAUUCGUCGAAACCCAUGUUUAAAGGGUGUUCUUCGCCGUGUUCUAUGGGGAUUUCUGACUUCGGAAGCUUCGGAUGGGGUACUGAUAUGGUGGAUAUCAAGGCAAGGUCUUGUGAGGAGUCGACUAACAAUUCAAUUUCUGAUCAUAGCUCUAUAGUUUUCCAGGGUCAUGCUCAUCAAAAGCCUCAGCAAGCUGAUUCAGAUAGUGGUGGCGGCAGUAUUUUGAUUGAUUCUACCUUACAAAUGAUGGGUUUUGGCCUUUCAUCAUCCGCUACAUCGGAUUGGAAUCAAUCUUUGCUUCGGAGUAAUGGGAGAACUGAGGGCUAUAAUUCAACUCUUCAAGAAGAUAUUAAUUCAAGGUUGAGUUGCCGACAAGAAACAGGCAUGGAUUUUUCUCAAAUCCAAAAGGUUUGGAGUCAAAAGAGUUAUACAAGCCCUGGAGAAGAUUCUUCAAUUACUACCUUCAAGCCAAUCAAUCAAGAUUUUUCAUUGGAGCAGCAGAGAUUGAAUUCUGUAACCAGCUCCGGUAACAGUGCACCAACCUGCCAGGGCUUAUCAUCUGGGUUUCCAAUUGGUUCAGCAUCGUAUGGGUACCCAUCAACACUAUUACAAAGUUUGUUUGAACCUGAUCCUCAAACCCAACAACAAUCACUUUUCAACAACCGGUCAAUCAACUAUUUGUCGUCCGCAGCAGCCACUUAUGGGGCAAACGCUAAUGAAUUUUCACCUUCUUGGCCAAAACUAACUCCUUUCAUAAGGCCGCCAUUGGCAAAGCAGCAGCCCAGUAGCUUGCACUUCUCCAACAACACACCCUUUUGGAACGCCUCUGCCACUGGCGUAAACGACGAUAAAGCCAGUUUUUUACACUCGCCGCAAUCACAGUUUCUUGUACAAACAUUUGACGAGAAACCUAAUUGCCCCAGCAUGACGACAAAGACCAAUAAUACCGAAGAAAUUCAAAACCCAGGGUCAGUGAUGAAGAAAGGAAUUAGUGAACCUCCAUUCAAGAGGCCAAGAAUUGAAACGCCAUCGACUUUACCAACUUUUAAGGUUCGGAAAGAGAAGCUAGGGGACCGAAUCACUGCGCUCCAGCAAUUGGUUUCACCUUUUGGAAAGACUGAUACUGCAUCUGUUCUCCAUGAAGCUAUUGAAUACAUCAAGUUCCUCCAUGAUCAAGUCAAUGUUUUAAGUACUCCAUAUAUGAAACAAGCAGCAGCUUCCAUACAACAACAACAGAGUACUGAUAAACUGAAAGACCCCGAAGGGCCAAAACAAGAUCUAAGAAGCCGGGGGCUUUGUUUGGUGCCAAUCUCGAGCACAUUCCCAGUUGCUAAUGAGACCACAGUUGAUUUUUGGACGCCAACGUUUGGUGGAAGUUUCAGGUAGAGAGAAAAGACAAUUAAUAAAACUGAAGGAGUUGUACAACAACUACUGUAGUAGUAGAUUAAUUACUAGCUCCAGCCAUAACUUCAAUAUUCAGAAGUGGGAAAAAGAAUAGAUAAUGGAGAAGUUAGAAGGCUAGCAACAUUGCUUUUGCUGUAUCUGUCUUGAUAAAAAGCUAAAGAAAACAAAGAAAAGGGGAAAAAGGAAAAGGAAAUGACGCUCCAAAGAUGGACAGAGACGAACACGGUGUGAUUGACUGCUGGGCCAGCUGCCACAAGUAGAAUGAUGUAGAGCUAGCAAAUGAUUAGGAGCCCAUUCCCUUGAAGGAUUUAGAAAAAAAAAGACGGUAACCAUAAGUUUUUAUUUUUUUCAAUAAUCCAAGUUUUACUUAUUAAUCAUAGUUUGGAGGUGAUUAGCAAUGGGAACAAGUGCUAAAUUCAGCGACAAUCGACAUUAAUUUGACUCAUAUAUAUAUAUAUAUAUAUAUAUAUAUAUACACACACACACACACAAGAUUAUUUAUUUUGUUGAUGUAAUUUGUUGAUGUUAGUUGUUGAAUUUAGCAGUUAAAGAGCCCUUUUGUUCCGUUGUGUAUAGGGCAGCCACCCGUUUUCUCAUAAUUUACUAAAGAGAGAAAAUAAAUAAAGAGAUUUUAUUAUUAUUGUAUUUGAAUUU